CGCGCGGGCAGCCCGGUCCGCACGAGCACGAUGGGUGCCGGCGCCUCGGCACAGCCCGAGGCCGAGCAGGAGGAGCCCCAACAAAAAGCCCUGCCGACGCGGAGGGAAGCGUGCGACGCGAGCUUCGCGACGCUCCAGGGCAUGGUUACACGUUCUGGUGUUGGCUUCGCGCGGGCUCGGGACGUGAAUGACCGAAGCUUCGACCUCAAAAGUGGUGGAGUCUUGUGGUGCGACGGUCGGGGCAUAUAUGUGGGCCGCCACCGCCACCAGCAAGCUGCCGCGGUGGCCUGGAGCGACAACAUCACUUUCUCAACCAAAAAAGACGGCCUCAUGAUUUUAGGAGAUACGACGCAGUGGCGUAUUGAGCUCAAUGGCAAGAGCGAGGUCGCGGCCUGGCUCGCGUGUUAUUUGCACGCCUUCGCUCCUAUCACGGAGUACACGCAGACCGUCACGUUUACCGAGUGGGGUCAACUGGGCAUCGCGUUCGGCGUCUUCAUGAAACGCGUCAUUCCCGUCGUCUUCUCGGUCGAAGGGGCUGCUCUAUCGAAUGACGUGCGGCCGGCGUCGGAGCUGGUGAGUGUGAAUGGGAGGAAGGUGGAGGCGUUGGGCGACGACGACGAUCUCUUGGAGUUCGUGUCGUCCGCCUCCUUCCCGAAGACGUGCGUGUUCCGGCGGCGAGCCUUAUCGGGGUUCCACGCUCCACCUCCACGCGAGCCGGAGCCGGAGCCGUCCGAGCCGGAGUUGUUGCCGCCGGCGUCCGCGCCGCCGGAGCCCUAA